CUCUGCGUCUAUUUUUCAUUCCCUCCAGCCCGCUCUUCUCAAUUCAAUUCACCUUUGCACAUACAAAAAAACACCCUUACUGUUAAAUUUCUCUUUCAACCCCCUUUUUACAUGUCUGGUUACAGAAAGUCGUCUUCAAAAAAAGAAAAGACCGCCGGGGCCACCACAGCUCAGCAGCGGAUGAGUCGGCGCGACCAGGACGCCAAGGAACUCGAGUCCCUGGGCCAGCGCGUCCUGGAGAUGGUCAAGCCAGGCAACACAGUUCCGGAGCACAAGCUGUUUUCAGAAAUGCCCAUUUCAUGGCAGACUCUGCGCGGACUCGAGCGGGCCAACUACGUCGAGAUGACAGAGAUCCAGCGCAAGGCCCUGCCCUACGCCCUGGCGCGGCGCGAUGUGCUUGGAGCGGCCAAGACAGGGUCGGGCAAGACGCUGGCCUUUCUCCUGCCGAUCCUCGAGAAUCUGAACCGCGCGCGGUGGACGAGCAUGGACGGCCUCGGGGCCCUGGUGAUUUCGCCGACGCGCGAGCUGGCGAUGCAGAUUUUUGAUGUUUUGUGCAAGAUCGGUAAGUUUCACAAAUUCUCGGCCGGCCUGGUCAUCGGCGGUAAGCGGAUGAACAUCCUCGUGUGCACGCCCGGCCGCCUGCUGCAGCAUAUGGACGAGACUGUUGGAUUCGACUGCGACAACCUCCAGGUCCUGGUUCUGGACGAGGCCGAUCGGAUCCUGGACAUGGGAUUUAAGAAGAGCAUGAAUGCAAUCAUUGCCAACUUGCCCAAGCAGCGGCAGACACUGCUGUUUUCGGCCACGCAGACCAAGUCGGUCAAGGAUCUGGCGCGCCUCAGCCUCGAGCGCCCCGAGUACGUCGGCGUCCACGAGUCGGACCGCUUUGCCACGCCAUCGCGCCUGUCUCAGUACUACAUGGUCGUGGACCUGCCGCAGAAGCUCGACAUGCUGUUCUCGUUCAUGAAGACGCACAUCAACACAAAGACCAUUGUGUUCAUGUCCAGCGGCAAGCAGGUGCGCUUCAUCUACGAGACCUUCUGCAGGAUGCAGCCUGGAACACCCCUGCUACACUUGCACGGAAAGCAGAAGCAGAUGAAGCGCGUGGAGAUUUUCGAGCGCUUUAUGCGGAUGAACAAGGCCGUGAUGUUCUGCACAGAUAUUGCCGCCCGCGGCCUGGACUUCCCCGCCGUCGACUGGGUCGUGCAGCUGGACUGCCCCGAGGACUGCGACACGUACCUGCACCGCGUCGGCCGCACUGCGCGCUACGACGCUGCGGGCAAGGGGCUGAUGUUUCUGCUGCCCAGCGAGGCGCCCGAGAUGGCGCGCCAGAUGGCCGAGAAGAACAUCCCCAUCAAGGAGAUCAGCGCCAAGAGCAACAAGGUGAUGACAGUGGCCAAGCAGCUGCAGAACUUCUGCUUCCAGGACUCCGAGAUCAAGUACCUUGGCCAGCGCGCCUUUGUCACCUACGUGCGCUCAGUGUUCCUGCAGAAGAACAAGCGGGUCUUUGAUGUCGAAGCCCUGCCGCUCGAGGAGUACGCCGAGGCAUUGGGUCUGCCCGGAGCGCCCAAUAUCAAGUUUGUCAAGAAGACCAAGAAGUCGUACGAGGACGAGAAGUCGCUGUUGCCCGAGGACCGCGACCAGAUGCCCGGCGCCGAUGCGGCUGAGGCCGAGAGCGACAAGGCCAAGACACGUGUCGAGAAGAUGUUUGCACGCAAGAACGCCGGCGUCCUGGCCGACCAUUACCAGAAGCUUGUCGACCACUCUGCGGGCGGCGGCAAUGAUGGCCAGGCCAGCGACAACGACGACGACUUUAUCACGCUCAAGCGCGCCGACCACACAAUCAGCGACAGCGAUUCCGACGCCGAAGCCGAAGAGGAGCAGCAGCAAGAGGAGGAGGAGGCGUCUGUGGUCAAGACCAUUGCCAUCAACCCGGACACCGGCCUGCCCGUGGUCAUUCCCAACAUCCCCGCGGACCAGAUGUCCAAGCGGCAGCUGCGCAAGAACACGCGCAACACCAAGAUUGUCUUUGACGACGAAGGCAACGCACGGCCCAUGUACGAGCUCAAGGACGAAGAGAGCUUCCGUAAAGAGGGCGCAGUGUCCAAGCUUGUCGACGACUUCCAGCAGCGCAACAAAAUCAUUAUGGCUGAGGCCGAUAUUGACGAUUUGGAGGCUGGCGAUCGCGAGGAAGCCGUUGCUGUGCUGGGCACUGGUAGCGAUAGCGAGUCGGAUGACGGCGUGAUGCGGUAUGAAAGCGACGGAAGCGAUGACGACGACGACGACGACGACGACGAGGAGGUCGAGGUGAAGAGGGCUGGUAAGCGCGGAUACGAGCGCCAGCAUAGUGAAGAGGAUGAGGCCAGCGAUAGCGACCGGAAGAAGCAGAACCGCGGCCGCGUGCUCGAGGUCGACAACUCGACCAUGUCGCUCGAGGACCAGGAGCGCCUGGCCCUGCAGCUGCUCGGCGGCAACUAGUCAAAUCGUAUUUUUUAUUCGCAAAUAAAGCUGUUGUUAAUUUUGAUAGAAAA